GCCAUAACUUGAAUAAACUUGAAAUUAAAUGCUUUAAGGAAGUGAAUAAAAUGUUUACUUAAUAUCAAGAAAUUUAAGAAGAACUUUGCAGAAAGGACACCAUUAAAGAAGCCAAAACUAUCAUAUUGGGUCUAAGCCAACCCAAGGCUAACCUAAAAAUGGAUCAGCUGAUCAAACAACUGCAGCUGGCAGCCGCUAACCAGGCGCAGGUGCAAGCUCCGCACUCGCAUCCGCAUCCACAUCCGCAUGCGGCAUCCGCACUGCAACUUUAUGCGGCAGCAGCCGCCGUCAACCUGCGAGUACCAGGAUGGUCGCCCUUCCUCCGACUGCCCAUCGAUUCCCAAUCCCCAAAUCCAAGGGAUUCCACGGGAUCCGCAUCCAGUUCGUCUUCCGUCUAUAUGCUCCGCCAGAUGGCGCUAAUGCAGCGAGCCAAUGCGGCGGCCGCAGCAGCAGCAAUUCAGCAGCAAAGGGAUCGGAAUCGGAACUGGGAGCUGGGGGAAAAUCAGGAUCAGCAAACUAUUAAAUUGGAACCACUGCCGUCUUUCAAAAAUCAGGACAAUCCAAUGAGGGAACAUGAAAGCUCACGCGGAUAUCCGCACAUCAUCCGCGAGGACUCUAGUCAUGAGGAUAAUGACAGCGAGGAGUCAACCUUUAUCAAGGAAGAAGAACCUAAACCCCAUUUGGAACCAGAUGAGGAUGCCGAAUCCUCGAAGCGGCGACGCUGCAGGACCAACUUCAACUCCUGGCAGCUGGAGGAACUGGAAAGAGCCUUUCUGGGAAGCCACUAUCCUGACAUAUUCAUGCGGGAAGCCCUGGCCAUGAGACUCGAUCUGAAGGAGGGUCGCAUAGCGGUUUGGUUCCAGAACCGUCGUGCCAAGUGGCGCAAAAAGGAUCACACGAAGAAGGGUCCUGGAAGACCGGCGCACAAUGCCCAGCCGCAGAGCUGCAGUGGAGCUCCCAUUCCACUGACAGAACUGCGGGCUAGAGAGCGAGCCCAACGCAGGAAGCGGAUGAAGAAGGCGAUCGACCGGCAGGCGAGGAAGCUGCGUCUCAAAGGCAUCCAAGUGGACCUUGCCCGGCUAAGGGCAGAUUACCUGGCUGCCCACAAGGACAGCUGGGAGGAGGUGGAGGGGGAGGAGCAGGAUCUCGAGCUGGAGGAUGUGGGAUGCUAUGGCGAAGACGAUCUGCCCAUCGAUGUGGUGGGCGAGGGCCAGGAGGACGUGACUGGCGACAGUCAGGACAACUCCUUUUGCUCCUCGAGGACCUAUCAAAAGAGCACCAGCAGCGAACUGGAUCCCGAUGAUAUGGGGGUGCCCAUCAAACUGGAAAAGGCCCCACCACCCACCACGCCCAAAACCCUCUACAGCUCCCCCUUCAGCAUCGAAUCCUUACUGGGUUCAUAA